CGUGGUCUGUAAGUGGAGGAGACUUUCCAGGGAAUAAGAGCGGCGCAAAACAAAAGUAGGAAAUGAGAGUUUUACAGGAACAUAACAAACCAUCCAUCAGUGGCAACUGUUACGAAAUGACUGGUUAUUAAACCUAAUCAUUACUAACAAUUAUAGAGCCGUCCCGAGAGGUUUCAGUUGAAAUAACGAAUUUAAGAGGAAACUCAAAAAAUGGUAGAUUGAGUGCAGAACGUAGAAAGACGACGUCCCCACGCACACGUUUGAGUCUGCGAAUAAAUUGAAAAGUCCCUUUCAAACCUAAUGAUGUAACUACACAUUGUAAACUCUGGGCCUUUUAUUCAGAGGUAUUAAUUAUCCUUUUGCAGUGAAUAAGUCUGAAUAACACAGUGAAUGAGCCAAAGAGAAUUAAGCAAAACAGGCCUAAAGUACCUUUGAUUCUUAGUGAUGGUCGAGUGAACAACCACCGUGUGUUCCUCUCAUAACGCGUCUGCCUGAACGUAUAUAUAAACAUCAUUACAUCCAGAUGUGACUGUUUGCAUCGCAUUCACCGCCGUCCGCUCCCCCAACGCACAUUUGAUUCGCAGUGCAAACAUUACGCUCAUCAGCUUAACUGAGCAUAAAGACCAAAAUACAGCGUGUGCAAACAGCCACGGCAGAUUAAACCGGCCCUGCGAUAUUAAAAUCUGCAGAGUUAAUCACUGUGUAAUAUCACAUUUGCCUCCGUCUCCACAUUUAAGAUGACCUACGACAAUUUACAUUCAAAGGGCGUCUAUGUACAGAAAGAGACAACCCAGACUUUAAGAAUCAGUGACUGGCAUUAUUUGUAACCUUCCAUAAUAGUAAUAAUAAUAAUUAGUAAUAAUAAUAAAAAUCUAAUUGUGUUUGAUGGAGCUUUAUUUUUAUGCUACGCUAGCAUGCUAUUGCCGUCUAGUUUCAGUUUUUGAGAACAUUAGCAGUAUUUGCUGAUACCAGAGGAGGAUGUGCUACUUCCUGUAUUCAUGCACCAGUGCUGCCGUCUGAGCUAGAAUGAGCUCCGAACUCGUGAGUCGUCUCUAAUUAAUAAAAAAAAACAGCUUUCAUUCAACCACAGCACAAAGACGAGAUACACUCAGUUGUUUGACUUUUUAAAGUAGAUUGAAAAACACUGUUCCGUGCUGUUUUCCGUGUGAGCGCGUCCCAUUGUUCUCAUUUCCUCUGAAAUCUCUAGAAACAUCUCUGGAAUCUUAAAAUCAAGGACAGGCUCUGAUCAAUACUGGGGAUCGAUGUGGGCACCAUAUAAUUGCAACAGGCCCCUCACUAGGACAGUACAAAUGCCUCCCCUGAGCUCCGUGGCUAACAUAAAAAUGUUGCCACAACAAGAGAGAGUUUAGCACAAACAGCUUCCUUUGUCCCACUUUAUUUCCAGAGACGGGGGAUAGAUGUAAGUUAAUGCUUGACCUUUUCAAGUCAUGUGGUUUGGUCUCUUGUAAAAUUGAAUGUGAAAAGUUUGACAGCAUCCACUUAGAAAUUGUCCACCGUGUUCUUCCGUUGAGUUGUUAAGUUGUGUGUGGACUAGUGGUUAUCGUCUGCUUCGAACUACUGGAACCACUCAAUCAUACAGUUUGAAAACAUGUUUGACUGAAUUUCCAUUUCUGACGCAGCUCCAUGUGAACAGGUGCAGGUGAAAUGUGGUGUAACAUGAUAAGACCAAUCUCAUUUUGGUGAAUGGGGAAGGUGGCCCAGGACCCAGCGGAGGUCCACGUAUACCAUGAAAAAUGGAUGAGUUCCACCUCCCGAGACUAAAAUUAGACAGAACCUAAUAUGCUGAGUGUCCUUCAAGUAACUCUGAUUUAUAAGCAACAACAACAGACACAGAAGGUGAGAAAAAACUCUGCUGGUCUACAAAACACUUGUAGGGAAGGAAACGUAAUUCCAGGCGACGCAGCGUGAAAUCUGAUUAUUCCUUCUGCUGGAAACCUAAGCAGCCGUUGAAAUGAAGCUACGGCUUCUUUUUAAGUAAUCAUUUCUCCCAAUAUCAUUACUCAGGGACUGUCCUUCAAUGACAGCAGGGCUGAUGUAGAAUGUAAAGUGGCAUAAAGCAUAAAUGUACAAUGAAGUGUAUGAAUAUUGAUACACAGUUUUAUUACAGUAGGUUUGAAGCCUGCAUGUUAAUGUGCAGGAAGGAAAAAGGCUCCACACGUGUUUAAUGCUCCUCCUUUUACAUUCAGAUAUGCGGUUGGUCUGCUCUGCAUAAAUGUUUAAUACGGCUUUAUUCAGGCAUUUCAGAAGAAAUACAAUAUAACCCUUUACUUGUUUGGUCACUGGUGGAGAGAGAGGCACCUGGAAAUAAUAAUGUAGCAGAGACACAGGGAGCCUCAUCCGUCAUGGAUUACUUCGGCUUAAUUAACAGCCAAAUCCCUCCUUUCUGUAUUUUAAUAACUUUCUUAACCUGAAGCUGUUUUUUACUGGUAAUAUUCCUAAUAAUACAUCUUGGACAGGUGCUGUGUAACACUGCUGUAAGUAGGGCCACCAUCACCACCAUAGAGCUGCUUCUUCCGCAAUACUUAUGUAGUGACGGGGGGGGCAGUGGCUCCGUUUGGCCACUAGACUGCACAGGGGUCAUGUUAUAGCUUUGUACAGUGUAUACAUUGGAACUCUUUGGUUUGGUUUGAUGCACAGACUGUUAAACCAAUGUUUCAUCAGGGAUGUUGGAACUGAGUAGUUAUUACUGGUCACAGUGUUAAAGUGAGGCUGAGACCAGCAUAAUCAAAGCUGCACUCACUGCAGAUGAGCGUUGUGCGUGGUUGUGCGUCACCUCUCUGGGACGGCUCUGGCAGGUAACGCAUCCUCCCCUGCAACAACCGAACAAGCGGAGGCAUGACGCGAGGCCGACGGCUCGAGGAGGCGCCGCGUGCGGGGAAGCGUGGCCAGCAGUGCAGAAAGGAGCCGCUUAAUUGGCAGAGUUUCAAUGCACGGCCGCUAAUUAGCCGAGAAGAGCACGUUCGGCUACAGAAUCCCAACAGCAUCCUAAAAACCCAGCUGACAUUUUGCUCUCUGCAGGGUGGUCAGUGGGUGUGCAGGCUGCUCCGGCUCCCACAAUGCACUUGGCUUGUUAGCAUUCGCUGUGAAUUCACAGUUAAUUGUCAUCAAGCCGAGGUUGGGCUACGCUGAAAGUAUCAUGGAUUCAUUUCAUAAUCCACAUCUAAAAGAAGCUGUUUAUGAACCCAUAGAAUCAUCCACACUCGUUUUUCAUGCCACUGUUGAACAAUUGGUACAUUGUUUCAUGAGCAAUGACCCUAAAUAUCAUGUAAACUUGAAAUGAAUGCAAAACCAGAAAGGAUUUCUGUUCAGGAAAUAAUAAUGCCUCCGACCAAGCAGCAGACUGGGAAAUAAUUGGAGUCACGUAAAUGAAUUCAAAGCCUCAAAUCUGCAUGGCUGCAGGAGGAGGAGACGCACGUAGCCGUCAUUAUACAGCAGAAGCAGGAAAACGACCCGCGCUCUGUCAUCGGCUGCACUAGUUGGCGCUAACGACACUUAACUCGGAGGAGAGCAAAAGUUUGAGUCAGUGAAAUGUAUUCAUUCAUUUUGUCGUCAAUGAAAGCAGUUUUAAGCGUUCGCCCGUGCAGAUCUUCACUCUGAGGUGCGUGUGCUGCCGUCAACGGCCACAGGUGAGAGAUUUGAUGAUUGCGCUCCACUUGACACACUGACCCACGGAUCGCAAUCGACGCAUCCGAUCUCCAGAAACGCCCGUAAUCACUGUCUGCGGCUCGUUUGGAAGCCGCAACAGCAAUUCCAAGCUGAUCUCCAGGCUCUCCACGUUUCCGCUGCUUCAUCUUAAACGCUCCUCUUCCUCCUCUCGCGCUCACAGUGACUCAUGCAUCACCCUACAGCUCCUUUUCGCUUGUCAGAUUUUCUACACUUUCGCUGUGACUCUAAUCCAAUUCAGAACCAAAUCCCAAGACGCUCAACCCUGUAGGCUGCCCUUCUCAGUGACCCCCCCCUCGCCAUUAACAUUUACCCACAAUUCAGUGGAAUCUCGUGUGUUUUCCAUCUUGGCCAGGACAAGGUUGGCUUCAAGUGUUUCUAAAAAUAUGGCCAAGCUUGAAGGAAGUAGAGAGAUGGUCCCUGCAGUACAGUGUGUGGUCCCUCGAUUAGAGAACGCUGUGAACAACUUUGACCUGUACAUCAGUUCAACUAUUUGUUUGGGUGAUUAUACUUAAUUAAACUCAUAAAAAUGAUUAAAACUAAAUAGAUAAUCAUGAAAAGGUUCCAAAACUGAUCACUGGUUUGACAAGGCUCAGAAGCAAACGUCUCUGGUCUGAACUGGUCAAAUGUGUUUUAACGAGUUCAUCGCUUUAACUUUUCUGGCCAAUUUCUUUUAAUCUUUUAAUUUGAAAUUCUUUUAAUUUGUUCAAAAAUGCGUCAGCCGCAAGCAGGUGUCUGCAGCAGCUGUCGAUGCCAGGAAGUCAAAAACAGCUUGACAUUAAAAUCAGCGACGGGUUAAUUUGUUACUGGCGGUGAUCAGGUGCAGCCACAGACGCCACCGGUUGCUCAUCCACAACCUUUACGGACUCCAAUCCAAGGAGUGAUUUCAUGAUGCAGAGCUGAGGUUUGGUCUCUGUUGUCGUUGUCCUCCAUAUGUUUGUGUUAACUCUGACAUAUAAAUAGAUCUUUGCAUCCCACCAGCCUUUGUCAGCGACUCAUUCAGUCAUCUUCUGUCAGGAGAAUCGUGACAAAGCCAAAGACGUAAAGCAGCUACAGAAGGACAGCAGGCGCCAUAUGCUGAAACAGAUCAGGACAUCAAACAGACGCUGGUCUUCAACACAAUCAAAGCUGCAUCGCUGCUCAAGGUUAUGCACUGAAAUAGAGUUUAAUCCAAGGACAUGAUUCACAGUCUCUGGGGAAUAAUCCUUGUUUUGUGUGCGCAGCCAUUGUGAAAGCUGCAUCUAACUCAGACGUAUGAAUGGUUCAGAGAUGAGACUUUUACAACUGCCUGAUUUUGACUGUAAGCGAGCGGCUUAAAUAAGUCAGGAGGCUGUAGCGCUGUGAGCAGAGCCGUGCACAGACUGCACGCCGCCUGGCGCAUCGCUGCACGAGGCUGUAAUUAUUAAACGGAGGAGCCGAGAUGAGCUGAGGCAGCCUGAUAAACACACAAAGACAGAAGGCGGCUGGUGGACGGAUAAUAGGGUGGACAGACAGAUAGUUACCAGAGCAGCAGAUGGAUGGGCAACAAGACAGGUAGACAAAUAGCAGGGCGAUCAGAAUGACAGCUCGGAAACACCUUAAACCAGGCUCCGCUGUGCCCGUGAAACCGAAUUGCCACGAUUGUAUUCAAUUUGCGUGUUCUCUGAAUGUGGAAACUAGCGGAAUAUGAAAAAAAAAAUCACCUUUCUUAUUCUACUCCUUCCUUUUUCAUUAACGUGAUUGGCAGACUACACGGAGCGGAUGGGAGUGAGGGUUUGUAGUUGCUGUGGCAACGGCCUGCUCUUUGUUAAAGGCUACAUUCCUGGCAUCUGAUGAGUCUGUGCCGUGAUCGAUAAAGCGCCCGUCCGCGGGGACUGAUGAGCGGACCGGGGCUCCCGCCGGGCCGGCCAGGACUGGGCGGAGGAGAGGGAGUUAGGGGGGAGACGUGCGAACAGGAGGACGGGGAGAUAAAACGGCGAUAGGGAGACGAGCGGGAGGAGGAGGGAGAUGGAGGCGGGAGCGGGGAGGAUGCUGCCGCUGCGGAGCCGGACCGUGGGAACCGGGAGGAGUGAGCGGGCUCUGCAGCGCCUUCUGCCUCGUCCGCCUGUUGUCUCAGCGUCUCUUAGUUCACUAUCAAAGUCAGGGUUUGUCCGUGAUGCUGCUCUCCAUAAACACGAAGCUAUGCCAUGACAGAGGGCAUCGUGGGUAAAAGAGACAUGCGACACCCAGCCCAGCGCAACUGCCACCUCUUCCUGGGCGGGGCCUUGCUGCUCCUCCUGGCCAGCUCCGCCCUGUGCUGCCCCGCCCGCUGCGAGUGCUCCGCCCAGAGCAAGUCGGUCAGCUGCCACCGCAAGCGCCUGGCCGCCAUCCCCGAGGGGAUUCCCAUCGAGACGCGCGUCCUGGACCUCAGCAAGAACAAGCUGCGCAUCAUCACGCCGGACAACUUCUCCUCGUUCCAGCAGCUGGAGGACCUGGACCUCAGCGACAACCUCAUCAGCGCCGUUGAGCCGGGCUCGUUCCGCUCCCAGCUCGCCCUCCGCUCGCUCAACUUCUGCAGCAACCUGCUUCAGCUGGUUCCUGCUGGUGUGCUGUCGGGCCUGACCAACCUCACCCGCCUUGACCUCAGCCACAACCGUCUGGUGGUUCUCCUGGACCAUGCCUUCCAGGAUUUGCGCAAGCUGGCGUCUCUGGAGGUGGGCGAUAACGAGCUGGUGUUCAUCUCUCAGCGGGCCUUCACAGGACUACUUGGACUCCAGAGUCUGACCCUGGAGCGCUCCAACCUGACCGUGAUCCCUACUGAUGCUCUGGCCCAUCUGCACAGCCUGGUGGAGCUGCGCAUGCGCUACCUGAGCAUCAGCUUCCUCAAGCCUUACUCUUUCAAGAGGGUGUCUCGUCUGCGGCGGCUAGAGAUCGAUUACUGGCCCUUCCUGGACACACUGCCUCCCCUCUCGCUGCAUGGCCUCAACCUCACCACCUUGUUCAUAACCAACACCAACCUGUCUGCCUUCCCUGGUGCAGCGCUGCGAAACGUGCCCUACCUCACACAUCUUAACCUGUCCUACUGCCGCAUCCAGUAUAUCCAUCAGGGAGACCUGGGCCAGCUCCCACACCUGCUGGAGCUCCACCUCCAAGGGGCUCAGCUGGCGUCUAUCGAGCCUUUUGCUUUCGUGGGCCUCAAGUCUUUGCAACUGCUGGAUGUGUCACAGAACCGCUUGGACUCGCUGGAACGAGGGGUGUUUGCCUCACCGGGGAGCCUCCAGAGGCUUUGUCUGGGUGGAAAUCCAUUAGUGUGCGACUGCAGGUUGCUUUGGCUGCUCAACAGCCACAAGCCCCCAUCUCUGCAGAUCCUGGACGCCCAGCCCGAAUGCACAGCCCCCCAGCACCUCCUCGGGGCAACUCUCCGGGACCUCAAGGAGCCCCUGGUGUCCAGGUACAUGACCUGCACUAAGCCACGGAUAGGACCCAACACGACACAGCUGCUGAUGGUUGACGAGGGCCAGCUGGUUCGUCUCAGCUGCAUGGCAGAAGGAGCGCCGCGGCCCUCCGUGGUCUGGAUUACGCCUCACAGGCGCUACAUCACGACCAAGAGCAGAGGUAGAGUGGAGGUCCGAGCAGACGGGACCCUGGAGAUCAAAACAGCAGAGCUGCAUGACAGUGGGGUGUACUUAUGUAUCGCUAGUAAUCCUGCUGGCAACGCUAGCCUGUCAGCCUCUUUAGCUGUGAAGAGCCUGGGCACUGGGGACAGGCUUCACAACAGCAGCAGGAGCUCAAACUACCUGACAGACUCCAACAGUACAUGGGGGAACGGGACGGUACUGUACAACAUGACGGUCCCCAUAGAUAUUAAGACUAUCAUCAUAUCCACGGCCAUGGGCUGCCUGUCCUUCCUGGGCGUGGUCGUCUUCUGCUUCCUGCUUCUGUUCGCCUGGAGUCGGGGGAAAGGGCGACACAAGAGCAACUUUGACAUCGAGUACGUUCCGCGCAAGUCCAACGGGGCUUCGUCGGACGUGGCGGAAACAAGCGGCCCGCGGCGGGUCAACAUGAAAAUGAUCUGACCGACGCCAGCCACCCCCCAAACUCCGCGCACACAUAUCAGCUGAGCAAAGUGUUUUUCUAUGACCCAGUGGACUUGUGAAAACGAAAGUGAUGUACUAUUAUAGUGGCUGUGGAUAUGACGGUGAUCUAGUGAUACAGUGGACAUGUGAAUAUAAAAGUGAUAUAUGAAACCGUGGACGUGUUUAUAUGACAUAAUGUUCUCAUGCAGUUCAUUGAGUAUAAUACUAUAACCAACAUAUCAAUAUGGGAGUGAUAUAGUGCUGCACUAGGCAUGUGUUUCAGUGACGUGAUGAGUAACGAUGUUGUCGACUCACCGUGACAUCAAGGUGAAGGAGGGCGCCGCUGGGACCGACAGGAGACGCGUCGGUUCGGCAGCAGAGCCGUCACGGCUGCGACGCGCCGGAACUGAAGCGUCCAACACCCAUUUUAGCUGCAGUGUGAGAGAAGUUGUGUUCAUGCGUGUGUGCGUGUGUGCGAGCAAGCGAGCGUCAGUGUGCGCAUGUUGCAUUCGUGUGUUUCCUUUGUGCAUGUGCACGCAUUGCCUUUCUCGUUGGACGGAGCAAUUAAAGUGAAUGACGGGCCCGGCGCCGCGCGGGUUCCGGGCCUUUGUUCUUGUUUAGUCAUUGUAACGACAGUAUUGUCACUGUUGCGUGGAAAAAAGAGGACUAUCUGUGUUUGUAUGCAAAAAUCACAGUUGUUGUGUUGAAGAGAAAUGCUGCAAUCGUGGUCCCUAAGGACGGAGCGACUCCCACAGGGAUUCUUUUUUUAACGCAGGAGAAGCUAAACGCUCACAGCCGUGACGACGUGGAGCCCGAGCGGAGUCUUUUUCCACAGAGCUCACCUUCCGGCGCCUCUGCGCGCGUUUGUUGAGGAAUAGCGGCGGUCGCUGGUGUUAUUACUGCGGCUUCCAGCUAUAGAAACGCCGUGUUAAACCUGCUUUAUCACAUAAUAAAUCACGGGCAGAUUUUCCUGCCAGACAAAUCCCUUGAUAUGAUAUAAAAAAGUCGGUUAGCAGACGCCGCGGUCGGGAUUUACUGGCCGGUGUCCUCUUUGGGACAAGACAGAGUUGAGCUUCACAGAUUUAUAGCUUGAAUUUUUCCCCUAUCUCAUAUUCUUUGAACGCACCACUCCAAUCUAGCAUGUCCGGAUUCUUCCCUGGGGCACCAAGGGGUUCUGGGGAUUUAAUAGACGGCAGUCUGAAAGUUGUAGUGGAAUCUUGUAAUGUUCAGUUUAUUUAUUGAUUCAUUAUUUUUUGUUGAAAUGUUUUAAAUGUUUAGUAAAGAAAAAAAAACAGUUAAGGGCAACUCUUUGUAUCGCAGGGACGUGGGUGUAAACUUGUGUGAUCCUGUUGUGAUAAAAUGUUUAAGGUUAUAUAAUUGUUUUCAUAUGACAAAUUUAUGGGUAUAUUUUCCAGUUGAAAUAAAUCUUACUCAUACCCCGAA